AAAGUUAAAGCAAUAUAAAAGUUGUUCAGGAAGAUUAGUUCUUCAGAAAUUUCUGUAAAAAAAUGGAUGUCUAAUCUUUUCUUUGAAUGGUGUUCAAACAAAACGAAAAAUCAAAGCUACAGCAGAUUUGUUUCUAAAAACUUGAACAGAUCUCGAACAAGAAGAAGAUGAGGAAUCGAGAGAUAAACAACUUUCUCAUAUUAACAACACUACUAGUGAUUACGUUAUCACUCUCAUCUUCUUCAAUCACUCAUGCCGCUGUGCACACCAACAAUUGGGCUGUUCUGGUUUGCACAUCUCGCUUCUGGUUCAAUUAUCGACAUAUGGCAAACACUUUAUCCCUGUAUAGGACUGUGAAACGACUAGGAAUACCUGAUGAGAGGAUCAUUCUUAUGUUAGCUGAUGACAUGGCUUGUAAUGCUCGCAACAAAUACCCUGCACAAGUUUUUAAUAAUGAGAACCAUAGGCUUAAUUUGUAUGGAGAUAAUGUUGAGGUAGACUAUAGAGGUUAUGAAGUGACAGUUGAAAACUUUUUGCGGGUUUUAACGGGCCGCCAUGAAAAUGCUGUACCAAGAUCCAAACGUCUCUUGAGUGAUGAAGGAAGCCACAUACUGCUAUACAUGACAGGACAUGGUGGAGAUGAAUUCUUGAAGUUUCAGGACUCGGAAGAACUUCAGAGUCAUGAUUUGGCUGAUGCAGUCAAACAGAUGAAAGAAAAGCGUAGGUUCAAGGAACUGUUGAUUAUGGUAGAUACUUGUCAAGCUGCAACGCUCUUUUCGCAGCUUCAAUCACCCGGUGUUUUGGCUAUUGGAAGUAGCAUGAAAGGGGAAAACUCGUAUUCACAUCACUUGGAUUCUGAUGUUGGUGUCUCAGUUGUGGAUCGGUUCACGUUUUAUACCUUAGCUUUCUUUGAGAGGCUAAAUAUGUAUGACAAUGCAUCAUUAAGCAGUCUUUUCAGCUCAUUUAACCCAAAUUUGUUGAUGUCGACUGCGUAUUAUCGAACAGAUCUAUACCAAGAACAAGUAGAGAAGGUACCUGUGACAAAUUUCUUUGGUUCGGUCAUGAAAACGAUCCACACAGAUUCUGCUUACAGAGGAACCUCAGGUAAAGACAGCAGCCGGGUCAAAUAUGAUGUGAUAUCCGGUCAAUCAGACGAUGUGGACGCUCGAAGAAUGACAAGCUCAGAUCCCGAGAAACAAGGUGAUCAUCCAGAUAUAAAAUUGGUCAAAGGUGGAGGCUGUCCUCAUGCGGAUUGGUGGAAUGCCAUCGUUGAGAAGUUUCAAGGUAUUAAAAAUGGUGACAUGAUUGUGAAUUACGGCUUGGUUGGAAUGUUGACUUUGGUGGCAGUUUCUACUUGGCAGUCAUCAUAAAGGUGAUGCAAAAACCAGUUAAAGAGAGAAUCUGAGCUGCUUUCAAGCAAUGGGUACUGUCAAGAACGUCCAGUUAGAAAAAUACGGCCAAAUUUGCUGACUUGAAUUUUGACUUUUGAUAGUCUACUACUUUAUAUGUUUAGAUUUUCACAAAGAAACAUAGACUUUGGGUGAAGGAAGCAUACAAUUGAAAUUAUUCAUACAAUCACGGUUUACUAAACCCAAUGUAAUGGCGGGUUCAUUAAUGUGACUCGUUAAACAUUAGGUUACGUAUGAUGUCUGUUCAUAUGGAA